CAGUUAAGCGUUAUAUUUCCCUUAUAGCACCGUGGUGAAGACAUGGCGUCCUGCAGCAGUCUCCCGACUCUCUCUUCGUUUCAGGAGCAGCUGGACUACGCCCUGGAGGACGCUGCCACGCAGGAGGACAAGGAGAAUAUCGUGCGCCAGUACUUGCGAAAGUUGGACGAGAAGGAGGAUCUGAAGAUCCCAGACUUUGAAAAUGGUUUGGAAUGGCUCAACACCGUCGGCCCGCUGUCUUUGCGGAAGGAGUUGUUGGGCAAAGUGGUGGUGCUGGACUUCUUUACCUAUUGCUGCAUCAACUGCAUGCAUAUCCUACCUGAUCUGCACCAACUGGAGCAGCGUUACACUUUUAAGGAUGGCCUGGUUGUUGUAGGUGUUCAUUCAGCCAAGUUUCCCAAUGAGAAGGUCCUGCAGAACAUUCGCAGCGCAGUUCUCCGGUACGGCAUCACACACCCAGUGGUGAAUGACGGCAAUGCCCGGCUUUGGCAGGAGCUGGAAGUCGCCUGCUGGCCUACUUUGGUGCUGCUGGGCCCCCGAGGAAACCUGCUCUUCUCCGUGGUGGGCGAAGGCCACCGAGAGCGCCUUUUCCUGUUCGCGACCGCCGCUCUGGAGCACUACGGGCAGCAGGGCCUACUCCAAGACCACGCUGUGGGGAUGAAGCUGUUGAGGGACUCCUUACCCCCCUCCAUCCUCUCCUUCCCAGGAAAGGUGGCAGUGGAUCCCCACAGCAAGAAGCUGGCCAUUGCGGAUACAGGACACCACAGGGUCUUGGUGGUGACCAGCAGUGGGCAAAUGCUACACUGUGUUGGGGGGCCUGGAAGUGGGAGGCAGGAUGGGGACCUGUCUGAGGCACUCUUCAGCUCUCCUCAAGGAGUGUUUAUAAAGGGAAACGCCGUGUACGUGGCGGACACCGAGAACCACCUCAUCAGGAAGAUUGACCUUUCAGAGAGAAGAGUCACAACUGUUGCUGGCGUUGGGGUGCAAGGCACAGACAAGGAGGGUGGGUCAAUGGGUCCUCAGCAGCCAAUCAGCUCCCCCUGGGACGUAGCCCUUGGCACUGCAGGUGGUGUGGAGGAUAACGUAUUGUGGAUCGCCAUGGCAGGGACACAUCAGAUCUGGGCUCUGUUCCUGGAGGAUGGGAAGCUGCCCAGGGGAAGCGGUCACACGCGAGGCGUGUGCGUGCGUGUCGCCGGCAGUGGGAGCGAAGAGAACAGGAACAACGCAUACCCACGUAAGGCAGGCUUGGCCCAGCCUUCAGGCCUGGCGCUCGCCCCCGACCAGCCCUGGAACUGCCUCUUCAUCGCUGACAGCGAGAGCAGCACCGUGCGCAGUCUGUCCCUGAGCGACGGCGCCGUCAAGCACGUGGUCGGUGGAGAGAGGGACCCACUGAACCUUUUUGCAUUCGGGGAUGUGGAUGGCAAGGGUGUAGAAGCCAAGCUCCAGCACCCGUUAGGAGUGGCCUGGGACGCAGCCAGCGGCCUGCUCUAUGUGGCGGACUCCUACAACCACAAGAUCAAAGUGGUGGAGCCGAAGACUAAGCAGUGCAGGGUGCUGGCGGGCACCGGGCAGCCAGGUGAUGGCUUUGGCGCAGGCUUCCAGCAGUGCGGCUUUAACGAGCCCGGGGGCCUGUGCGUGGCUGAGGGAGGCAAGCUUCUCUACGUGGCGGACACCAACAACCACCGUAUCAAAGUGCUAGACCUGGAGACCCAGACUGUGUCCUUGCUCCCCGUUUCGGUGGAGGAAGUGGAUAGCGUCCGCGCCAGCCACGCCUCCGCCGAGGUUCUGGGAAGGGCGCCCAGGCUGCCCAGGUCGGCGCCGCAGGUCCGCAUGGCAGAGCUGGUAGUGUCGGCGGGCCAGACCAUCAACGUGCUCCUCAGCCUAGCCCUGCCCGCCGGGACCAAGCUGACGGAGGCGGCCCCCAGCUUCUGGAGCCUGUCCGCCGCAGGCAACGAGUGGAUCCUGGAAGGACAGUCUGUGACAGGACACAUCACUGAUGUCUCCCGUCCCCUGUCCAUCACCUGCUCGGUCCCAACUCCGCCUCUAUCCCUGGACCCUGUCCUGACCCUCAGCGCCUGGCUCUACUGCUGCCUCUCAGGGGGCGGAGCCUGCAUGAUGAAGGCUGUCUCCUUUACACAGCCCCUGCAGAUCCACUCCACUCCCAAAGAUGGCACUAUUGCCGUGACUCUCACUCAUACGUUCUGAAACGAGCACUCACCGUUCCACAGUCCAGUAGACUGUGAGGGGCACAUAUUUAGUGUUAAGCAAGCAUAGCUUGUAGAUAACAAAUGCUGCUCUACUUGAUGCGAAACAUUAAGCUUGCAUAUUUUAUUAUGAGGUGCAUAGUGUGUUGAUAUGAUGUGCGUAUAGUGAGUUGAUGGGUGGAGAUUGAAUGGAAUGGUGCAUGUCCACUGGCAGAAUCUGACUGCUGUGUCAUUGGUACAUCUGAAAAAUGACUAGAAAAUCCAGAGCAAAGUGCCUUAUUUUUCUCUCCAAGGUAAGUGCAUAACCCCAGACUGGUUCUGCUUUAAGGCUCAGUGUAGUCAGCCAAUCAAAUCAGUUUUUCCCCAGCAACAUAGCUGAUGUACCUUCUUUUCACUGAAGUCUAAACAGCAGAUAAUGAGCUCCUGCCAAAUCUUCUCAAAUCUGAUUUGAACUGCAUUCGUCGUCUCAUGCAACCAUCUCAACAAGCGAUCGCAAGCCAAUAGCGUGUCUAAAUCCACGAAUCAGAAAAGCGAGAGCAGAUAAUCUGAUUUCUUUGUACCAACUAAACUGCACUGAAGUCUUUGCAAGCUUAUUUUAUUUGACCUUUAACAUGACCAAGCCCAUGCAAUGUUACCUCACAACAUUUCAGGACAUGGUGAGCAUUAUUUCCUCAUAUCUGGGUGUGGUUGGAUAUCAUUAAGCUUUUGAUUCCAUAACAUUGUUACCCUCAUUUGAUACACUGUCAGAGGAUCACUUGAAUGGUCCUAAAGGGGGUGUUAUGAUUUUCAGCAUGCAGCUUUAUUAGCCAUUCUGAUCUCUACUCUGGUGCUGUAUUUCAACAGAGCAGCAGGGCUUCUUAUUUGGAUUGCACCAGUUGACUUGGACGAUCUGCUUAAUUCGCAUAAUUCCAAUGACUGUUUACAAGGUCUAAGUGCCCUUAAAAUUGAAUUCAUCCAGUGUAAAUAUAACAUACUUUAUCUAAAGUAAUAAUAUUUAUUGACAAUUGCAGAGUUUUUCAGAAGAUAAUGAUCUCCAAUUGGGGCAAACAGAAACUUGCAGUUUCCCAAAAUGGUUUAAAGUUGGCAUUAGGUUUUACAUCAACAGUUGCUCAACUCGUACUAGUAUUUAGUAGUGCUGCUGUUUUCGGAGUGCUUGUAUAGGUUAGUCUUUAGACUGCAUGCACAUGGAGUGAAUGGCGAGUCUGUCCUGGGAGCCCUUUAACUCAGUCAAUGAGCUUGAUCUCUCUUUGCCAAAAGCAGCUUUUUUCACAUAGCAUCUGAAUUCUGCACCUUAACAAAUUGUUCUGAACUAUUUAAUAUAAUAAACAUUAUUUUUACCAUCUUUUGGCCUUUCAA